UCAAGCCCUUUACGUUCACAUUCAUUCGCUUCUUCUCAUGUGAAGUAGGUUAUCCUCGUCUACAUUACAACGUUGUUUAUUCUGUUUUAUCCUCUUCAUCAUCGCUCGUAUCUUUUCUUCUCCAUAACAUUGUUUCAGAGACUGAUAAAAUAUGUAAAUUAAGCGACCUGAUUACCGAGUUAUAUAUAUAUAUAUAUAUAUAUGUCAUGUUAAACAGGAACAUGAGUCACAGUCGCUUGGAACAAUCUAGCCCAGACCAAGUUAAACCGCCUAGAUUCUUUGUCAUCUCCGACAAACCACACGAUAUCUUCGUAUUUUUUAUCAGGCUCGGCGUUCUGGUCUGUCUUCUCAUCUCCAUCACGCUCGCUCUCUAUUCCGCAUUCUUCAAACCUUCUCGGUUGUUCCUCCCCGAUCGCCUACAGGCCACCGACCGGGCCCGCUCGACCACCACCUCCGACCGCCCUGGCGCCGCCACCAACAUCUCACACAUCCUCUUCUGCAUCGCAGGGUCGGAGAACACGUGGCAAGAUCGCAGCCGCUUCAACAAGCUCUGGUGGCUCCCUAACGAAACCCGCGGGUUUGUCUGGCUAGACAAGGAGCCCCGGUACGAUGUGUCCGGCGCGAUUCCGUUCAAGAUCUCGAAUUACCGGUGGAAGAGCUUCGUCCACGGACAGGCCGCCGUGCGGAUAUCUCGGAUUUUCAAGGAGAGCUUCAAGCUGGGCCUUCCGAAAGUGAGGUGGUUUGUGAUGGGAGACGACGACACAGUGUUUUUUCCGGAGAACUUGGCGACGGUUCUAGGGAAGUACGAUCACAGUGAGAUGGUUUACAUGGGGGACAAUUCGGAGAGCGUGGAGCAGAAUCUGUAUCAUGGGUUUGCGAUGGCUUAUGGAGGAGGUGGAUUUGCAAUCAGCUCAGCGUUAGCGAUUCAGCUAUCGAGGAUCUUCGAUGGGUGCCUUCGAAGGUAUUAUUAUUUCUAUGGUUCUGAUCAGAGGGUGUGGGCUUGUGUCAAUGAACUCGGCGUCACUCUCACCAGAGAACCUGGGUUCCAUCAGCUGGACAUAAGAGGGGACCCAUAUGGGAUUCUAGCAGCACACCCAUUGGUCCCACUAGUUUCACUGCAUCACCUUGACAUGCUGGAGCCAGUGUUCCCAAACAUGACCCGAGUCGAUGCAAUCCACAAGCUCAUGGGCGCUUACCACAUAGACCCUUCCAGAAUAUUGCAGCAGUGUUUCUGCUACGACCAUAAGCGUCACUGGUCUGUGUCCAUCUCGUGGGGUUACACGGUUCAAGUUUACCCCACGUUGUGGACUGCUAAGGAUUUGCAGACCCGGUUCCGUACGUUUCAAACCUGGGGGACUCUGAGCGAUGGGCCUUUCAUGUUUAGCACUCGGGCCAUGGGCCCUGACCCGUGUGAUAAGCCCAUUAUAUAUUUUCUGGAGAAGGUCAAGAAUGUGGGGAAUGGAGCAUGGACUCUUAGUAGCUAUAAGAGGCACAAGGAAGGUGAAGAUGGAAGAAGCUGCACAAGGCUGAAUAUCACUCCUGUGGUUGUGGAGAGGGUUAGAGUCGCUGCUUUGAAGCUUGACCCCAAAUACUGGAAAAAAGCACCAAGGAGGCAAUGCUGUCAGAUAAUGAACGGAGGCCUAAUAAAGAAUGGGACAUUGCGGAUCAGGAUUAGACACUGUGGGCCUCGUGAAUCUAUUACAGUUUAAUUACUUAGGGUUAUGGCCAAUCCACAUUAAUUACCUCUGUAAUU